CCCUACCGCAGCUGCCCCCGCCUCAAGCCCCUGCACCCCCAGAAGCGCUUUGCUCCCUUUGGGGCGCUCAACCCCUUUGCUGGCCCAGCUGAAUGGCCAGAGAGCCCUGAGUGGCCCAAGCCUCCUUCAGCCCCAGCUGCCCCAUCCUCCUCCUCCUCGCCAGAGCCCUUCGCCCCCAUCGAGGAGCCAGUGCCUCCCCCUCGCCCACCCAAGGGCUUCGAUGGGGACAGCACUGUCAUCCAUGGGGCAGCCCCGCUCUCUCCUGCUGUCCUGCGUGGGGUUGAGGGUGGCGUCACCCGCCUCUACCUGGCUCAAGGUGUCAUCGAGGUGCCACCAGCAGCGCGGGGUGAUGGGGGGGCCCCUCUGGCUGCUCCCCGGCCCGGUGGGGACAGCUCACCCUGGCUGCCCCCUGCCGACCUCUCGGCCCUCUCGCUGGAGGAGGUGUCCAAGUGCCUGCGCUUCAUCGGCCUCUCCGAGGACGUGGUCAGCUUCUUCGCCCGCGAGCGCAUCGAUGGCAGCAUCUUCGUGCAGCUCAGUGAGGAGAUCCUGGCCGACGACUUCCACCUCACCAAGCUCCAGGUGAAGAAGAUCAUGCAGUUCAUCAAGGGCUGGCGUCCCAAGAUCUAG